AUGUCAGUUGGGAACGGCGCAGAACCAGCGAGCUCUGGACAAGACGAGCAAACGGUGAAGCUCGCUUUAGCCAUUUCUCUUCUCCGAUCGAAGAUCCUCCAAAAGCCUCUUUCUUUCCCCAACAAUCCUUCCACUUCCGACGCUCUCCGAUGGAAGCGAAAGGCGAAGGAGCGGAAGCAAGAGCUUUUGAGACUUAGAGAAGAUCUCAAGCAAACUCAAGAUAUUUCACAGUGUGAUUUGUUCCCUCAAACUGCCGUUUGCAAAUGCUAUUUCUUCGAUAAUUUGGGGAAAUUGAGCCCUAAGACAGUAACAGAUGGCUCCAAUCGUCGGUUCAACGACGUUUUGCGGCGGAGGUUUCUGAGACAAGUAAGAUUCAAGGAAAGAAAACGAAAAUCAGGUGGUUCAGUUCAGCAGCAACGGCUUUUAUCAGACCUUAGCAAUGAAGAUGAACUGGAGCAGCUUAGGGCCUCUGUUGAUUUUCUUGUGGAACUUUGUGACACUGUUUCUCCGGUUGAGGAGGUAAACUUUGCAAAUUUGUCGCACCAAGCUGUAGACUUCAUUUUAGCUUCAUUGAGUAGUUUGUUUUCAAUGUCAAAGAACAUGGACGUUAUAGAAGGAAUUAUCAGCAGCUUAAUCACUCGAUUGGUUAGAAGGAUGUGUUCGUCCUUUCAAGAAAAUGGGUCAAACCAUAACAACAUGGAUCCCCAGUUCUAUGUUCAACACUUGAUCCGUAAGAUUGGGAAUGUGGCCUUCAUUGGACAACGUGCGUUACUUUCAAUUUCUGAGAGAAUCUCUGCACUUGCAGAAAGUUUGCUUUUCACAGAUCCAUUUGAUGUUGCUUUUCCCCGCAUGCAUCAAUGUAUGUUUACAAUGAUCCAGCUUAUUGAGUUUUUAAUAUCAGACUACCUAUCAAUAUGGUCCAAGGAUCAAGGCUUUGACGAAAUGCUCUUUGAAGAGUGGGUGACUUCAAUUUUUCAUGCUCGGAAAGCUUUAGAACUAUUGGAAAGUAGGAAUGGGCUUUAUGUGCUAUACAUGGAUCGAGUUACAGGUGAACUGGGUAAACAAGUUGGUCAGGUCCCGUCACUCCAGAAAAUGAAGCCAGACAUUCUUGAUAAGCUGCUAUGCUGACUGGAUAUCCAUACUGGUAAUGUAUGUUUAUGAAAGCCAGAUCACAUCACAAUCAUUGCAAAAUGACAAAGCAUGCAAAGUUGACAGACCCACUGAAGAUCUAACUUACGGUUCAGGCAGCAAUACCGAUGGACAUGGUAUGUUUGGUACUGAAUUAAGUAGACAAGACCAUGACAGAAAGCGUGGGAAAGUUCAUGAAGUUGAUGUUGAUCACUUCAGUUCUAUUAAGAAAGCAAAGGCAAUCUAUGGUGGUGCCAAUGACCUUAAGCGCCCUCGAAACAGCCGAAGCGGGUCAAAUUCCUUGGUGCUUAAACCGAACUUGUUCUUCUCAGCUGCACUCAAGCACCUCGCAGUUGGAUUCUUCAUCUGUUUUAUGUUGAUAAUUUGAACUGCUUUUUAGCUUCGUGACUUUGUCAACCAUUCACUCAACUUUCUAUAAAUGAAAGUUCUGAAGUUUACAAGUUUUAGGCUUUGCUUAGUUUUCGUACAAUCUAUGUUGCUAUGAUCUGGCUAUCUCCUUUGUAAGUUGUGUGAUAGUAUCAAUCAUGUCUCACUGUACAGAAGAUUUGAUCUUUAUGAUCGUCUGGUGGUUUUGAGCCUUGGAAGGAGGAUAAUAAAAUGCAAAGGAAAUAAAGGUUUAUAUAA